CAUCUGGUUUCUCAGAGCCUCAAAUCUGCUGCCUCUGCUCACACCCAGACAAAGACUGAGAGGAAUGAUACAGUUCAGCGCACUCGCCUGCGCCGAAUUCUCUUAGAGGGGUUGAGCAACAUUUGUCAAGAUAUGGAUGUUAGCCAAAAGAAGCACUGAAAACCACUUGGCUUUUUCUCUUCAAAGCUCGGUCAUUUCAGAUAACCUUGGAAACCUGAAAGAAGUUUAAAGCAAGUCUUUUGAUGCAAGGGAACUUCUAGUUCCACAAUGGCAAUCCCAAGCGGUUUCUUCUUUUUCAAUACAACGUCCUCCCCAUUUUCAGCACCAGAGGUCUAUGUGAACAUCUCCCCAGUUUCUUCUGCUCCCCUCUGCACAGACUGGUCUCCUGUGCCCAUGACAACAGUGAUUCCCACUAUCUACAGUAUCAUCUGUGUGCUGGGUACACUGGGCAACGCCUUGGCGGUGUAUGUGUUGGCUUGUGGCAAUGCCUUGACAAGAACAGUGGCUAACACCUUCAUGCUGAACCUAUGUGUCUCUGACCUGCUGUUCUUGCUGUCUCUUCCACUGUGGGCCAUCUACUACUCCUGGGGCUACAGCUGGCCCUUUGGUCGAGUGGCCUGUAAAAUCUGCGGAGUUCUCCAUAACCUCAACCUCUAUGCAUCUAUCUUCUUCAUCACAUGCAUGAGCAUAGACCGUUACCUAGCCAUUGUGCAUCCUCUCGUCUCGCAGAGAUCACGAGAUCACGAACGUGCCCGGAUCGUGUGCAUCCUGGUAUGGGUUCUGGCGUUUGCCUGCUCAGCCCCCAACUUGGCUUUGAGAGACAUCUAUCAUCUUAAAGAAUUUGAGGUUGUGGCUUGUGUAAUUUUAUAUCCAGAUGAUACCUGGUUUCUGACCCUGACCUGGAUAAAGAUCAUUCUGGGGUUCCUGCUGCCACUGCUGGGCAUCUCUAGCUGCUAUUGGGCCAUUGGGAGACAUCUGUUGGCAUACAGAGGGUCGGCAAGAAUGCAGAAUAUUUCACAAAAAGGCCAUUGUAAAUUAGGGCAACUACCAACUCCUACUGUUUGCCCAAACUCAUGCACGGCCGGACCCAUGAUGACUCGGGGGGUAGAGAGGAUUUUGUGGACAGUAGCUGCUGUGGUUAUGGCUUUCUUUCUCUGCUGGUUCCCUUUUCAUUGUGUGACCUUCUUGGAUCUUAUGAACAAAAACGGAUGGCUGGACAGCUGCUGGGUAACCUGGACCGUCAACAACCUGACCCCACUCACCCUUUGCCUAGGCUUCUCUAAUUCUGCCAUCAAUCCUGUGCUCUACUGCUUCGUCGGUAACCAUUUCCGUGGCCGUCUUGGGGGUCUCUGCAAAGACCUGUGUGCAUGUUUAAAGGCACGUGGGGAGAAGCACAGUCAGAAAAGAGGCUCUUUCAGCACCAGGCUGAGUUCCUUCUCUAGGAAACUCAGUGACCUUAAGGACCUGGCAAUUGUGGAUAUCUCAGGUUCCCCGUAACAGACCUUCCCCAUCUAGCUUUAAGGGAAUAUUAUUUCCUCCACUGGCUUCACAUUCCUAAGUAUUAAAACAAACUAUAACUAUUAGGCUUAGUUCAUGAUGCCAAAGAGUCUGGGUUGCCCUGGUCUCAUGUAAAAUAAUGCAUGACAGUUGAAAAUAGAUGUUUCAGAGAGGAGAUGUAACAUAAAAUGAAAUACAUAUUAUAACAGAAUUAAAUGGCUAAACAUUUUCAAAGUUUCAGGGGCUAAAAUGUGAUGCAAAAUCAGCAGACAUCACAAAACAACAAAGUCAGAUAGUAAAAAAUCUAAAUUAAAGCGACAAAAAAGAAGAUAUAAAAGAAGAUACAAAAGAGUGUGAACAUGUCACUUCAACAUUCACUAUUUCUUAAGUGUAUAUAUAGUAUGUUUAUGUACUUCUAACAUUAUGACGGUAUAUAAAGAUAAACAAACUCAAACAAUCUCGAAGUUGUUUCAAACAUCAUCAUAUGAUUGAUAUGGUUGCCUAACAUUUUUCCAACAAAUACUCUAUCACAUUGUAAAUUUAGGUAAGCUAAUAUCCUAGGCUAGGCUGGGUGUAAUGUAGCUUGUGAUGUUUUUUUUUUUUUUUUCUCUCUUGCAUAAAUUAUAAAAUUAAUUCCUAAAAAGAACCUAUAAGUGGUUAGAUACCAAAAAUAAAUGAACAUGUUCUAACAAAGAUAAUAAGUAGUUUGUAAAUUUAGCUUUGGCAAUGGCCAGCUGGGAUAGCAACAGCUAUCAGCAGUCUCACAUACCCCGGUUGAAAUGCUGCGUCUUUGAGACUGAAAGAAAAAUCAUUAAAAGUCAUUUCCAAGCUUUUUCCCUUUCAUUAUUCAACUGAAAAACAAGCAAAUCUGAGAAAUAUACAAACUACAAUAUGUAUGAUAACUUUGGAGACCAGGGGCAGUUGCAACAGGGGGUAGUUGCAAGAUGUAAUUUUUUCCAAUUAGACACAAGCUAGAGUGAUGAAAAUCAUACUACACAUGCUCAAUUGGAUGUGACACCCCCCCCCCCCUUCGACAUCUCACAAUUUGACUUAGUACUAUUUGGUCAGUCUACCUGCAAAAGAAUUCUCCAAAUCCAUCAGAUUGUGAGGACAUUGACGAAUUUCCAUAGAUCAUUUAACAGAUUUUCUGUUAGAUUUUGUUCCAAACUUGAAAUUGUUCAUAAUUUCAUCCCCCUUGACAAAAACCUCAGUACAACAUAGAAUAAUGCUCCCACCACCAUGUUUUACUGUAGGUAUAGUCUUAAUUUGGAAAUGCUCAGUGCUGCUCACCAAAUCUAUAUCUGAUGGCAUGUAUAAACUCCAGAAGACUAAAUCCUGAAACUGAAUCAGGAAUUAACAAUGCAUUAGAUUAAGGGUGUGUACAUUCAUGCAACCAGGUUAUUGGACCUUUUUUAUAAUUUAGCAAGAAUAUACUGUAUGUCACACUAAAGGUGGAAAAACCUGGAAUUUUAACAGGGGUGUGUCCACUUUUGAGAGAAACUGUAUCAAUUUAACUGCUGUGUUUUAUGCUUUCUGACAUUUUUCACUUUGUUUUAUGACAAUAUUUUAUGAGCUAAAGCAGAUUCUGUUCUAAAUGCAGUUAAAUGUAAAUUAGUGGUUGCUGCAGGUUCUUCUUUGUGUAUAUAUAUUAAAACUAAAGUGAGAAGCUGCUGGAUUAUACAAGUAAACCAAUUAACCUGGCAUAACCUGGCAAUACAUCUUGCAGUGUAAUUUUGGGGCAUCUAUAUGCUGUCUGUGUAUUUACCACAAAUCAUAUCAUUGUAUUACCUCUUAUAGACAGUUUAUACAAGAAAUAAAGAAAACAAGUAUUCAUAACAUCAA